AUGAAGAGCUUCGCGGGCAUAGCUCUUCUGGCCGGACUGCCCUUCUGUCUUGCCAAGACCGAGCCAGAGUCAGAGCCUGCCUCGGUGGACGUCGAUGUCGACUGGUACGGCAAUGAUGGAACCUGGAGUGCGAUUGAGAUUCUAAAUGAUACCGACACAUGGAUCGGGUUACUUGGACUGGGCAUGGGCCAAAGUGGACAUGUCGACAACUUGGACCUCAAUGUCAUGGAAACGGCAUAUAUCAACGACAGCUUUGCUCCCAGUGGCAGCUAUGGCUACACCGCUGGCGCUUACUACCGGCUGAAAGGUGCACCGGCAUCGCUUACCAUUGGAGGUGUGGAUCGGGCGCGCUUCUACGACAACAACGCGACAUUCCAUCUCAACAGAAACGCCGACCCUGUUGUCUCACUGAAUACCAUAUCGAUUUCAUCCGGAACAGAGGGCGGCGAUGGCGCUCAUAUCGACGAACAUAUAAUCCCCUUCAACCUCACCUACGAUGAGAGCCUAGGCUUUUAUACGUACGGAAAUGAUACCUUACACCGCGAACGACUCUUUGCCAUGAACAUUUCAAUCACACUUUCAAUUUCCGACCUGCCCGACUCUUCACAAGGCGUCAAUAUCACCCUCCCGUUCCAGGCCUUCGACCACUCGCUCACCUAUCCAUAUCCCACCCUAACAUCCGACACCUCACUCCCGUAUCUCCCUAUCAGACGAGCCAAUACAAAUGACGAACAGCGUCUCGGCCGAGUCUUCUUCCAAGAAGCAUACCUAGCGGUCGACUACGAGAGAGGCCAAUUCUCGCUUUACCAAGCGAAAUUCGACGCCGACAUCGUCGCAUCCCAUACAGACAUCGUUGCGAUCGACUCCUACAUGGACAAAAAACUCAAGGAUUUGCUUUUCGGCAAGCCAGGACUAUCAGCUGCCGCAAAAGCAGGAAUUGGCGUUGGCACCGGCACGGGGGCUAUUAUAGUUAUCGUCGAGUAUUGCUGCUUCGCUGGCCUCGAGGGUUACUACGGCGAGCUCAGAUGA